CAUAGAAAACAUUUCCUUUGGAAGCAUAUUUCUCCUUUGAUACUUCAGAAAUGAAAAUUGAUAUUCAUAGUCACAUCCUACCUAAGGAAUGGCCUGAUCUAAAAAAGAGAUACGGAUAUGGUGAAUGGGUUCAGAUGGAUCAUCACUGUAAGGGACAGGCAAAGAUGAUGAAGAAUGGAAAGGUGUUUAGAGUUAUUCAAGAGAACUGCUGGAAUCCAGAAGUACGGAUUAAAGAGAUGGACCUAUCAGGUGUCACCGUCCAAGUUCUUUCUACAGUCCCUGUAAUGUUCAGCUACUGGGCCAAGCCUCAGGACACUUUAGAUCUAUCCCAGAUAUUAAAUAAUGACUUAGCUGCUACAGUAAAAAAGUACCCCAAGAGGUUUAUUGGCUUGGGUACAUUACCUUUGCAAGCUCCAGACCUGGCUGUGAAGGAAAUGCAUCGUUGUGUGAAUGAACUUGGAUUUCCUGGAGUACAAAUAGGAUCUCAUGUCAAUGAAUGGGACCUGAAUGCACCAGAAAUGUAUGAUAUCUAUGCUGCAGCUGAACAAUUAAAUUGCUGUCUCUUUGUGCAUCCCUGGGACAUGCAGACAGAUGGAAGGAUGUCCAAGUACUGGCUUCCCUGGCUGGUAGGCAUGCCAGCAGAAACAACCAUAGCCAUUUGCUCCAUGAUUAUGGGAGGAAUCUUUGAAAAAUUUCCUAAGCUGAAAGUUUGCUUUGCACAUGGAGGUGGAACUUUUCCAUACACAGUGGGGCGAAUCUCCCAUGGAUUCAAUGUGCGCCCUGAUUUGUGUGCAGUGGAUAAUAAGGUGGAUCCAAGAAAGUACCUUGGUUCAUUUUAUACAGACUCUCUUGUCCAUGAUCGUGGUGCACUGAGGCUACUAACAGAUGUAAUAGGAGAGCAUGUGUCUUCAUGUGCAGUGUCUCCUUCACAGAACCUUUGUAUCUUUGCAUUAUCAAGCAUACGUUAAUACAAACACCUAAGCAGAACAAUUGCAGCCAUCCUGUCUUGGAGAGGGAAAAGAAUGGUAUUGGGUGGUUGAGCCUGAGACCAGAAGACAACCUACAGCCUGUUUUAUCUACGUGAGCAGACGUAGUCUUAACAGUGACAUGACUUUAUAUUUGAGUGAGCCAUGUGCUGGUAAUAGAAUUAGCCAUGCCAGUUUUACAUUAUUUUAAUAUUCCCCUACUCAAAGGAGUCCUUAUCCAGGAUGGCACUCAUAAGAUGAUGUGGGAACAGAAUUCUGGGCUGUUUCAGAAGAUUUGGAAAAAAUAACAGAUUGAAAUCCAGGCUUUACUCCACAGUGCCUCAGAGAAAUUGGAAGUCUAUAGAAUUAGCUAAAUACAUAAGCUGCAGAAAUUAUUUCAGGCAGGGAAAGUGUUGAGCAUAUAUAAUGAAAAACUAUUUAAUUAUUUUAAUGACAAUAAAUUAGACUGUCAAGAAGAAGUGCUCGAAGAUAGUGUUUCACUAAUGGCAAAAUUUGUCAAGAAAGAAGGAAGUCUUAUUCCAGUAAGGCAAUUUAUAAAGCAACGUAUCAUUCAAAUUACUGAGUAGUCUCACUGGAAUGAGACUUCUUUCUGUCUUUCUCAUAGUGAAAGGGGAUAAGGAGAUGUAUGUAUCUAAAUAAGCAGCAGAUUAGGCUUCUUGCUGUGACAUUCCGCAACCGCAGUGCUGAAAAGUCAUGAGUCAUCUCAAAAAUGUAAAUGCUUUUAACAAUCAAAAGAAUUUAAGAAACAGUACAUUAUGGGUUCUUUUUCAUAGCCUAAGACGUUUUAUCCUUGAAAAAACACUCACGUAUUGUUUUCAAGCUUUCCUUUGUAACAAUGAGGAGUAAAAACUUCCUUUGUUUUCCGGUGAAAGCUGACAUUCUCACAUAAUAACUUUCCAAAGGUCAAGGGCUUAAAAAAAAUCCACCAAGUAUCUCAAUAUUUUCCAUGAAAUCAUGAGUGUUGGCAGAAUAAUAAAUAUAAGAUGAAUACAUGCUGGGCUAAAAACAGAGUGAUUGGGUCUUGAGGAUCACAUUGUAACUUUGCCAGCUGAGGUUUGAAAUAGGACAGCUCUCUAGAGAAUAGCUGAGAGCUGGGCAGGCAGGGCAUCAGGUGCGUGUAAAGAUGUGCCUAGACGUGGCUUAAGAUCCUUAGGGAUUAGCCAUUACCUGACAUCAGAGUGUGAUGCGUUGGCUUUGAGUAUAUGAAUAUUAAAAUCUAGUGACAGCUCUUAGGAGUCACGUGCCUUUAACUUCAUCCUUUCUUAAUUUGGGGUGCAGAUUAAUUUGUACUCCAGAGCCUAUACCAGUUAAAGGAAGCAGAAGUAUUCGUUUCUGAGAAAGAAUUGUGUAGGACUGCAAAAUUGCUGCGUUCCUUCCCUCCUCCGUGAUCAGGUAGCAUGCAGUGCAGUGAACACAACUACAGCUAAUAUGGCUAUAAAGAGUGAAGAACUAGGCUGACGGGGGAUUAAAUGGUUCAGUCUAUCUCUACAAAACGUUCCCCAUGGUGAUUCCUCAAGAGCCAUCAUCAGAAUGUAAAACAUGCUCUGGCCAGAAGUCAGAGCUGAACAGGCUGCAACAAUCUGGCCUUUCUUGAGGUGUAUCCUAAUAGUAGGAAAGAAGAUGAGAUCCAAGGUGCAUCACUACUGUAAAAGAAAGAACUCAUGAUUGAUGCUCUUUGAGAUUCUUUUUAAGAGUCAGGUCCCUACUACUGUGAAAAAAAAAUCUUUGGCAGUUCUGUUAAGCAGAAGAGUCUGCUGAGGUUAAUCACUGCAAAUACGUGCCUUUCUAAAAGGAGAAAUGAAUUAUUAAGAUACCACACUAUAAAUCCUCCAUUGAAAACAGAUGUUGUGGUCUCCUUUGGAAUAAUGUGACAAUAAAUAGUAUGUUAGGAGUAUUUUUCUACAGAGACUUCACAGUACUUAUCUGAGGCUGGCUGCUAAACACGGGUAUUGUAAUCCUCACUUUAUAGAUGGGACAAAACUGAAGCUCAGAGAGUUUCAAUGAAUAGCCUAGUAUCACCUACAGCAGAGCAACAAUGCUAUUUCUAGAUUUUUCUCAUUAACGUAUGGCUCUUAGUUUUACUGCUAACGACUAGAACAUGAUUGGCUGUGAAACACUUGAAAGGAAAAUAAAAAGAUAACUGAGAUAAUAGAUACAGAUUAUUCCAAGGAGGGGGUGGCAUUUGUUUCUGUUCUGGUAUAUGGGAAAUGUAAAGAAGAACAUAAGAACCUUCCUGGCUUAGUUAACCUUGACUAAUAACCAUCUAGGAAGGCACUAGAUUUCUGUUUCCUUUACCAAGAAAUCUGUUUUCUCUUAUAAACCGAGCAUGGUUUUGAUUCUUUCCUAUAUGGCAUACAUUUGUUUUACAUACGUGCAGAAAAUGUAUUGGUAUCAGAUAGACUAUUAUAAAUAAAAGAAUGUCGUUAGUUGCCUAAACGUUUAUAUGCACAUCCAAAUAUAUUUUCGGUCUAAUCUACACUCAGAAUUUGAUUUAUAUUAGACAAAGGAAUAUAAAUUCUCCAACUCUAACCUUACGGUAAGACUUCUAUAAUAAAUUAUAUUGCAACAAUAUAGGACAGAACAAUUGAAUAUGUAUCUUCUACUGAGUUUUCCCAUACAGUUCUAUAUAGGUUCUUUCAGAGACUCUUGGGUGACAUCUACUGGAAAUAAAAUUAAUAAACAUCAUUUACAAAUAAGAAAAAUAAAUCAUUUCAUAAAAUAUCUACAAUACAUUUUCUUUGCACUAUUUCAGCAUAGCUGAGUUCAAAUGCUAUAACCACCACCCAAAAAUUCAUGAGCUUGGCUUCAAAUUCAUGAGAUAUUUUAAAAAUGAAAACUAUGAAAACUUUUAAUGAAAACUAUGGUUUUCAAAUAGUCCUAACUCUCCAGGAGAUGAAGCUUAAAGGAAAAUGGACUUAGGAUAAAAUCAAGAGAGUUGGCAACAUUCACUGUUCAAUAUUUGUGUAUAAAACAUUCACUCUCUAAGGUAGAUAAUGUGAGGAAAUACAAUUUCAGUGAUAAAAUGAACCUGUAGCAAUGUGGACCUACUGAGGAUUUGCCUGUUUCUGAUCGGUUUCAAUCUCUGAAGGGAAUAACGCAUACAAAUUAGUACUGAAUUUUCUUUUAGCUGACCGUCGCCUUCAGAAACAAAUCGAAUCACGUCCCUCAUAUCCUCAGAUACAUUUUUCAAAUUCACAGCUAAUACCCAAUCCCAGUCAAACAUAAUGAAAUUUUUAAAAAUUACAGACUUCCCAAAAAUAUGAAAUUUGGUAAAUGAGGUCUUUGGUCUUAUUAGCUGAAGCCGAAUACUAGUUAAAUUAAAUAGAUUAUUUCUAUUUAAAUGCCUGUAGUAGUUCUACAUUGUCCCCUGCUUCAAGGAGCUUCAGUGUAGCUUCAGGUUGCAAUUAUUGCAACUUUCAAAAAAGACACGCAUAAGAUAAUUUUGAUUGUUUUGAAUUUUUUGUUACAUAAUUUUAUGCAUAGGUGUAACUAAGAAUUUCGCAUUUAAGAACCCGAAUGUCUUCUCUGAGUUUGGUGGAAAACUUCCUGAGAUUCUAGAAGAAAUUAGCUCUCAUAUGUCAGAACCUAUAGCAAGGUUGGAUCUCCCCCCCAAAAAUGGUUUAGCUCAAAUUUUGUUUACACACAGGAAUUAUUUAUUCAUGUACUAGGCUGGCAGUAAUGACAUCCUACUGUUAGUCACGUGAACGCAAUGUAAAAUACAAUAUUUUUUCUGGCCU